AGGGAGGACUUUCAACGAUAAAAUCGUGUUGGGUUUAUGAGUUUAAUCCGGUUUUCUAUGACGAUUUUGCUCCGUGCUCGCUGCUGCUCCACUCGAUUCUACUGUCGAGCCCAAGAGAGUGUGGGGCGAACACGCAGAGAAAUCUUGUUCCUGGGCCAUGGAAUUGCGGCAGCUUCAGCGCUAUCACUGCCCUCUUCGCCGAGCGCCAGGAAACUCUACACAAACUUGGAAGAGGCAAGGGAGGCCGGCGAAGCUCGUCGCGAGGAGAAAGAGAGAGCCCAGGGUCCAAUUAUAACUCUGCCAUCGGGAGUAAGAUUCAGAGAACUCGACGCUGGCUCGGGAAGAACAGUGGCUCCCGGCGAUGUCGUCUCGGUUCAAUACGUUAUAUAUCGAUUAAACGGCAUGUAUCUUGAUUCGCUGGGUUACGGGAACGAAGGCAAAGACGACGUUGGAGAGGUUCUAACGUUCCAACUGGGUGGAAAAACAGUUCCUCGAGCUGUAGAACUCGGCAUGGAAGGCAUGAAGCUCGGGGGAAAGCGGAGAAUUCUUGUCAAUCCAGACUUGGGCUGGACCCAAGAAUCAAUGCAGCCUCAGCCAACAACAGCCGCAGCUGGACGGAGGCUGAUGAAUAGCUUCCAGAAACCAUUGCUGUUCGAGAUCGAGCUGGUGAAGAUUAGUGACGGAACUUGAUCGUGAAAACCACGUUGUAUAUAUCAUCCUUGCUUAGAAACAUUCUAUCCCGUAAACUCCAGCAUUGAAGUUCUACACAGCAUGAAAUCCACGAACUAUUUACAUCGAA